ACUGUUUAAUGUGGUUGUUUGUAGAGUCUGUAAUUAAUAUAGUUACCUGCUAACGAACGCCAUAGCUGCCCUGCUGUAGCUAGCUUAUGGCUAAUGCCGUUGUUUGCCUGGCUCCUCACACUGACGCCCACUGGAGAAGUGUAAAAGGCCAUCUGGUUUCUGACAUGGCCAACCCUUUAAAGGGGGAGGUCAUCAAGCUUUACAAAACCCUGCUCUAUCUUGGCCGUGAGUACCCCCAGGGAGCAGCGUAUUUCAGAGAGCGCCUGAAGUCGGCGUUCAUGAAGAAUAAAGACGUGACGGACCCCGAGAAGAUCAAAAAGCUGGUGGCCCGUGGCGACUUUGUCAUCAAGGAACUGGAGGCUCUCUAUUUCCUCAGGAAGUAUCGAGCCAUGAAGAAGAGGUAUUGUGAACCAGAAAAAUAAUGACACUCAUAGAUCAGCAUUGAUGUACCCUUCUGAAAUGAAACGCAGUCUGUGUGGAAAGUACAGUGUCAGUAUUUGCCUUUAUCACAUGCAGUCCACAAUACUGAGCAGAAAUUAAAAACAGUUGUCUCUGUAUAAGAAGUAGUCUUGCCUCACAAGGGAAAUGGAACAUCCACCUGUAAGAAGUGCCACAAAGGGAUGAUAAUGAAACUGUUUUUUAUACACAAGUUGUACCUUAAAUGCCAGGUUUUAAAUCACAAGUAUUGUACAUACAUUUUCCUCCACAAAUAGGAAUCAACAUGUCCUCAAUCAAGAUGAAUUAAUUUAAUGUCCGUUUUAAAAUGGGUGUUCAGAUUAAGACUGCUGUCGGGGUUCGUAGGUAAAACAGCUGCAGGUCUGCACCUGGUCUAUAACAAGCUGCAGAUACCGGACUGACUGAAUCAUAUUGUUCAAUGUAUUUUGUAUUUCAAUGUAUAUAUUUGUAAAUACAUGGUCAAAUUCAUUGAAUGUACAUGACUAUGUAUCAAUGCACUAUCUGAUAGAGAGCAAAGUUUAAAACAUUGAUGUCCUCUGUCAUAAUAAAGUGGAGUUAUCAGA